GAUUGCAGACUGCGAAGCAGAGCCGGCGAGAGAGGGAGGCAGCACAUCUGAAAGUUUUAAACCUGUGAUCGCUUCAGGUGAUGCAAAGCAAGCCUGGAGUUCCUUCCAGCAUGUGGAGGGAAAGCCAAGUCGGCAUCAUGGAUCGCUACAGUCUGGGACAGAUUUAACUGCUGUGGCGGGGCGUUCAGCUUCAUUCUUAUGUGGAAAACGUUGCAGUAAAAGGAAGCAAUAAAAGCUGUGGAAGAAUAUACAUAGAAAGUUAAGAUUGAAAUGCAUUUGGCUUUGAGCUGCAGCUUGGGAAGAUACUUAAAGGACUGAGAAGCAAAAGGAGCUCAUCAAGCACCAACCUGGAAAAAGUGGAUGAUGGGAGAAUUAGCUGCGUGGGAAAGCGAGGACCUCUGUGUUCGUCUUGCUGUGGAAGUUCUGCUCGUGAUGGGAUUAUUCCAGCUCUGGAGUUUACUGCAGUGGCCCUGCUAACUUUGCACCCUAAAUCUUUCAGCCAUCGUAAUUUCAAAGACUUGUCAUUCUGCUCACGGGACGAUGCAUGUUGUGCACCGGCCCUGAGCGGCCCCAGCAGACCCUGCGCCUUCGCCUGCGGGACCCAGUGACCAUGCUGACCGAGCGUCUGACAGCACAGAGAUCAGAGCCACCGCCCACGCUCAGGCCCGCCGCGGCAUCAGCAGCAACAUGUUUCACCCGCUCAAUAACAGUUCAGAUGCAGACGAGGAGCCCGAGGCUCAGCUGAGAUGGGCCGCCCUCCUCAUUGUCAUGGUGAUUAUCCCCACCAUAGGAGGAAACAUUCUGGUUAUUCUGGCCGUGUCGCUGGAGAGAAAGUUGCAAAAUGCCACCAACUACUUCUUGAUGUCGCUUGCGGUCGCCGACCUGCUGGUGGGACUCCUAGUGAUGCCCAUCGCACUCGUCACUAUUCUCUAUAACUCUAGGUGGCCUCUUCCAGAUUUUCUCUGCCCAAUCUGGCUCUUCCUUGAUGUGCUCUUCUCUACAGCGUCCAUUAUGCACCUCUGUGCCAUCUCACUGGAUCGCUACAUCGCCAUCAAGAAGCCGAUUCAACACAGCCAAUACAAAUCCAGAGCCAAAGCCCUGGCCAAGAUCGCACUCGUUUGGCUCAUAUCCAUUUGUAUUGCAAUCCCAAUCCCGAUAAAAGGGCUGAAGAAUCUUCACGACAAGAAUGUCACCUUCAACAGUAAUCACACAUGCCUGCUGAAACCAAACACUUUUUCAGAGUUCAUCAUCUUUGGCUCCCUGACAGCAUUCUUCAUCCCUUUGACAAUCAUGAUGAUCAUCUACCUUCUCACCGUGCAAGUGUUGCGCAAAAAGGUUUAUUUGCUGCGGUCAAAGGUGAGCCAGCGCUUUAGCUCCUCACCGAUCUCCACAGUUUUCCAAAGCGACCCGGCCUUAGCUUCUCCUCAAGCUGAGCAAAUGAACAUGUUGGAUAUCAGACUUCCCAGGCAUCCAGAAAAACCAAAUGCGGAGAUGAUGACCGCUCCCACGGAGAAUGAAAUAUCCUUCCGCAGAAUGUCGACGAUGGGCAAGAAGUCAAUGCAGACUCUGAGCAACGAGCAGCGCGCCUCCAAAGUGCUGGGCAUAGUCUUCCUCCUGUUUGUCGUCAUGUGGUGCCCGUUCUUCAUCACAAACAUCACCUCUGCUCUGUGCUCCAGCUGUGUUGAGAAAGUUAUUUCCCGUCUGAUGGAGAUCUUUGUCUGGGUUGGUUACGUGUCAUCAGGGAUCAAUCCUCUGGUCUACACACUUUUCAAUAAAACCUUCAGGGAAGCUUUUACGCGCUACAUCACCUGCAACUACAAAACUUGCACGAGGGACAGGCUGGGACGGCAGCUUGGCUCGACUGCUGCAGACUGGAAUCUUACAAGCAUUUCGUUUAAAUCUUCCAUGGCAGAGAACUCAAAACUGUUCAUGAAGCGGGGAAUGAAGAACGGCAUUGGACGAGUGAGCUACCAAAGUCCACUAAGGUGCCAGCAGGCUGUGCAGUCACCAGGUGGUGUUCUGCUAAACACAAUUCUUUUGACUGAAAAUGAAGAUUUUAAACAGGAAGAACAUGUAAGCUGUGUAUGAAUAGAGACAAAGAUGAUGUGGUUUGGUUUGGUGCAUAUUCAAAUUCAAAGACAAAGGCUUACCCACGAUAUGAAAAAAAAGAGACUAAGAUUGGAGUCUGCACCUAUGACAUAAUGAUGAAGCAACAAAACCUACAUUUCCUUGCAAAAGUUUUACAACCCCUUUAACAUUUUGUCAUAAAGUACUGGAUAAUUAUGAAAUGAAAGAAAAAAGUUUACAUACUUUUACAAAAUGUUUUACAAAUUAGGAUAUAAAAAGCUCUGGACAUUGACAGGGGCAUCCUAACAAACAUAAUUUGAUCUAAACCUCAGUCUGUCUGUUCAGACAUAGUUGAGUUUCUCUAGUUUAUCCUGCAAUUAGCACCAUCUACUUUCAAAUCCACAUUCCUAUUCCUAAGAUGUUUCCCCAAAGCAUGGUGCUACCACUACCAUAUUUCACCCUGGGGAUGGUGAGUUUGGGGUGAUGUACUGUCUCUGGCAUGAAAAGUCAACAUUCGUCUCAUUCGACCAGAGCGCCUUCUUCCCCAUGGUUGUGUUGCGCCCCCUCCAGGCAAUUUGUUGCAAUUGAUUUCAUUUAGGGGUAUCAUUUCUUUCAACUUUACAAUAAUCAAGGUAAUCUUUAACACAUUAAAAAUCCUCAGUACAGUGCAUUAAAUUUUGAGAAUGUAAUUUGACAAAAAAAAUCUGAGGGCUUUCAAAACUUUUGCAAGUCAGUGUUUCUUGUUGCAUCAUCUUUGCAGCGGGCCUUUAAACACAUGUUAUUUUUACCAUGUAAUUUGUUGAUAUACUUGAAGAGAAAGCUUCAGUUUCCAGACAGUAUUCAGAAAAGAGCUGGAAAAAAAAAAGCUGCAACUGUUUCACUAAACGAGCAGAAUAUGCUGAAUAGGAACCCGUUUAGGCCAAAAGACGUGACAACCUGGGAAAAACUCUGAAUGCUGUAUAUAAUAAUAUAUUCCUCUGCUGAUCCUUAAAUUUGGACUGUCUAAAUAUGCUGUAAACCCUCUCAGACCACAUGCUUACAUUUUAAAACAAUAUGAUUCUCUUCUGUAAAGGGCAAAUUCUUUGAACUCUUGAUACUUUUUAAAUUUGAGAAUGAUUGGGAUGUUCUCCUGUAUGUGUAUUGCAGCCUGCUGGUUUGAAAUGUUAAAAAUGGUUUUGGAAUGGCAGUCUGUACAUAUGAAUGAACAAAGAGAUAAAAUGGAUUCUGAAUGUUCUUUAAUAAAACAAAUACUUCGUUUUGCCAUCUUCUAAAGCAAAAACUGUCCAAAGCACAACGAGAUGCCAAGAUGCUGCCUUCUGAAAAAUGACUAAAUAAAUAAAAGUUUGAGGGGAAUAGAGAAACAGUCUGGCAGCAAUUCCAGUGUGUGUAGACUUAAAGUGCAACGGCAUUAGGACUGGUCGAUAUUCGAGUGAGAAAUGAUGCUUAUAGUGUUGGUACAUAUUGCGAUAAGGAUAUCAGUUGUGUCAGUUGUGACAUUUGUCCAUUUUCUUCUUUCCUCUUUUUCUCAUCUCUGCUUCCAGCACUCUGUGACCUUUAGCCUUUUGUGUCCUGUGAGAGCGCCUGCUGCUGUGAGGACAUCCAACUGAUUAAAUAUUACAUUAGCCUAAGAAAAUGCAUGUUCAUAACACUUGGGAUGUAUUAGCCAAGCAUUAUUGCUCUCCAAACAGCAUUAUCCAGAAUCAGUACUGCAUACAUUGAUAUAUCCGCAAUGUACUGUGCAACCAUACAUGUAUUCAACUGCAGCUAAUUAUUUGUAUGCAUACAUCAGAUGAUGACAUUUUUCAGGGGCAAAAAUAAUUCAAACACAUAAACACUUCUAGUUUAGAUUAAACUCAGCCUAACUGAGAAAAUAGGAUUAACGAGAAAGAAAUGCCCAGUUUACACAGAGGUAAAAACGAAGCAGAAGAAGAAAGUGUGAUCCUUGCUUAGACCUCCGACUCCUUUCAAGAGCUCCAUUUAUUUAUAAUGAAAGAGAGAAACACGGUAGACUCAAACUUGGAGUUGACCUGAUUGCCUGGUUGUGCACAUGACUAAAUGAGUCAUUGGGGUUGGAAAAGUGUGGACUAAGUGUAAUCCUGUGGUUCAUGAGUCUUUCUAAACAAAGGAGAUUUAUGGAGGUUUUUUCAAGCAGUAAAUUGAUCACAUACACCAUCCAGAACCUUUUUUGGACUUCAGUGUGUACACACUGAUUUUUAUUUGACAUGCCAUUAAACAAUGCUUGGAUUUAAUGAUAAAAUUCAUAAUAAUGUAAGAGAGAAAAGCACAUAUAAAUACAAUGCCUGGCAAAGAUAUUAAAGGUAUUCACAUACUUUAUUGCUUCCACUUUUUUCUGCAUUGCGACUGUCACAAUGCAAACCCUGAAUGUUUUUUAUUGGGAUUUUAUGUGAUAGAUCAACAAAAUCUCAUUCGUAAUUUUGAAGUGGAAGAAAAAUUACAGCUUGUUUCCAAAUUUCAUCAAAUAAAUAUCUGCAAACUGUGCUGAGCAUAAAUAUUUAUCUUCAUAACAGCUGCAGGUCUUUAGCAGGACUUCUCAACCAGAUUUCAACACCUAUAGUCUAUAAAUGUAUCCUUAAUAAAAUGACUGCAGCUCAGUUAGAUGGAGAGCCUCCGAACUGCAGUUUUCAUGCCUUUUCACAGAUACUCCCACGGCAUGAUGCU